AUGUCGCAUGUCGUGCAGUCCAGCGGCCUCCCCUCAGGCGCGCAGCAGCAGCUUGUCAGCGCGCUCUCCCUACUCACUGGUUUUCUAUCCACCCAGGGGGGAACCAGAGGAGGAGAAGGAGGAGGAAGGGGCACGGCUGCUGCUGCGGCUGGAGCUGCUGCGACGCUAAAGUCUACGUCUUCCCCCGCGCCAGCUGUCACUGCGGUGAACCUUCCAGGCGCAGCAGCAACCCUAGUGCCUCCAUCCGUUCCUCUCCCUCCUCCUCCUCCUGACGUUGCUCUUCUGCCGUAUCAUCCGGCCAUUGCUCCUGUACCAGCUGGUGCCCUUGCACCCACCGUAACUCCUCCGCUUGCUGCCUCUACACCUAAUUUAGCUCCCAGCGCCUUCCCUUUCGAAGCGCUCGCCCGGUCUCUCAACCUUGGGGGGCUUCAAUCCCAGCCCAGCCUCUCCUCUCUCCCUGCCCUCCUGGCUGCUAUCUCCGCCCUCCAGCAAGGCAACAGCCUCCAGCAAGGCAACAGCUUGCAGCAAGCCGCAGCACCUGCAUCAGAGCAUCAGGGCGCGAGCAGCGGAUCAGCCUCCUUCCCGUCGCCCCACUCCCCUUCCACCCUCGCUGCUGCCGCUACCACUGCUGGUGCUGCUGGUUCUGGUGCUGGUUCUGCUGAUGCUGCGAUUGCUGGGAGUGCAGCAGGGGACAUGAGAGGGGAGGGAGGUGGAGGGGGAGGAACAGGGGGUGUGGGAGGUGAGGGAGCAGCAGUGGCAGCAAGAGGGGGAGUUGUGGAGGGCUCUUUGGCUGGAAACUGGUCUACCAGUCGACUAGACGCACUGGCGCCUGCUGCUCUUAAUAUCCGAACCGAGCCACUCACCCCUCUCUCCCGUGCCGGCAGCUCCCUGACCUCACGCAUAGCGGCACCAGCAGCAGCAGGGCAACCCCCUCUCUGGCACGGCAGUCGCAGACAGCGGUUCCUGGCUCGACAGGAAUCAGCAUCAGCAGAGGCACUAGAUGCAUCAAUCAACCCUAAUUUCACCUCUUCACGCCUCAGGCGGCUUUGCUCGGCUGAAGCGGGGUUUGAGACGCCGCAGACCGUUGGAUCGUCGUCCUCGCGGCUCCGACGGCUGGGAUCGGCGGAGGGGUCGCGCCGCUUGGGGGAUGCUCUGGGGGGAGGUGGGACUGGGAGAGGGGGAGGGGGGAGUGGGGGAGGGACAGGGGGGAGUGGGGGGAGUGGGACUGGUGCAGGUAGGAGCGGGGGAAGUGGGACCGGGACAGGGGCAGGGGGGAGUGGGGGAGGGGCAGUGGGGAGUGGCGGAGGGGCAGGGGUAGGGGGGAGCGGGGGGGGGGCAGGGGGGGGAAGUGGUUCUGGUGGCGGGGCGGGUGGGAGUGGGAGAGGGGCAGGGGGAAGUGGGGGCGGGGCAGGAGGGAGUGGGGGCGGGGCAGUGGGGAGUGGGGCGGGGGGAAGUGGAGGAGGGGCAGGUUGGAGUGGGGGAGGGGCAGGGGGGACUGCGGGAGGGGGAAUUGCGGGAGUUGGGAGGCCCAGUAUAGACCGCCUCAACUUUCAGGGCGCUGCUUCUGCCAUCCCUCCUCCCCCUCCUGCUUUUCCGCAGGGGGAUCAUCGUCCGGGGGGGCUGGAAAAUGGGGGAGAGCAAAGGCCGGGCUUGCAAAGGUCCGGAUUGCAGAGGGCAGGGCCAAGCAUAGACCAUCUGAAUCUGGAGGCAGCAGGGUUGGCUUCUCGUGCUGCUGCACUGCAGAGGAAUUUCGAGACGUCUCUAAAGCCCGGGCUGCAAAGCGCAGGGCCAAGCAUAGACCAUCUGAAUCUGGAGGCAGCAGGGUUGGGUUCUCGGGCUGCUGCACUGCAGAGAGCAGGGCCGAGCAUUGGCUCUUUGAGUUUUCAAGGGGGGGUUCCUCCCUACAGGGGAGGCUCAAUCACUGGGGAGAUUGCCCUACAGAGACUGGGCAGUGUGGGUAGCCCGUGGGAGCAGGGAGGCGGAGGAGUGGGAGGAGGGGAGAGAGGAGCAAGAGAAGGCGGGAUAGUAGAGGGAAUAGAGGCUGGAGCGCGGACGGGAGAGGCAGGAGGUUCUGAGGGAGUGGGGUGUGGGGGAAAGCGGGCAUUCGGAGGAAGCAUGCAGGGCGAUGGCGGAGGUGGAGAGAGAGAGUGGAAGAGGGCUAGGGGUUUGAUACGCAGCAAUGGCGCUGGCACCACAGCCGAUACUGCCAGUGCUGAAUGUGAUGCUGCUGCUGCUGCUGCUGCUGCUGGCGGCGGCGGCAAUGUUCCAUCCUAUGGUGCCACUGCUGCUGCCCCCGGUGGGUUUUUUUUCAGUGGGAGACGAGCAGAAGAACGACCACCAUCCCCUCCUCGGCCUCUCUUCUCCUUCCCCUCCGCCUCCCUCUCUCUUGACGAUAUCCCCUCAGCCGUCCCUGCCACCGCUGCCACCGGCGCUAUUGAUAAAGCCGAAGCUGGCCUCCGCUCCGCCGGACCCCGUUCUGGUAGGGCUGGUGGGCUGCUCCCUGCAAGUGGCUUUACUGGCACUGGAUUGGGCGGCAGUAGGCUGGCCGGCAGCAGGUUGGGCGGCAAUGGUCUGGGCGGCGGUGGGCUGGGCGGCAGUGGUCUGGGCGGCGGGGGCCUGGGCGGCGGCGGGCUGGGCGGUGGGCUGGGCGGUGGGUCGCGGUUGGCUCGUAGCGUGGUGUGGAGCAAGGACCAGCUGAAGGAGAUUGAGCAGAUGAAAGAAGCCAUGGCUGAUAUGGACGAGGAGGGGGAGGCGGGAGGUGCAGCACCGGAAGCAAGAGCAGGGGAAGCACGGUUAGAGUUUGCUCCUAGGGCAUGGGCUGGAGCAGGUGCGGGAGGAGGGGAGGGAGGGAGCAGUGGUGAAGGGGCAAGAGCAGCGGCAGGGGCGUGGCCUGGUGCUGAUGCCUCUGCUGGCAAUGCGUUGACUGGAGAGGGGGGCGGGAGGCGCCUGGAAAGAGGACGGAGCGGAGUGGGGAAAAGCGAAGCGUGGGAGGGGUUGCAUAGAGAGGGGUUACAGAGAGGAGACAGUUUGGAGCUACUGAGGGGAAACAGUUCGGGAUUAGACCUGUAUUCGUUGGAUGGGGUGGGGGAUGAGGGGCAGGCAGGGGGCGGCAGGAAUGAGGCAAGGUGGGGGAGCGAUGGUGGGGAGGAGGGUGAGGGGAUGGAGGGUGAGGGGAUGGAGGGCGAAGGCAUGGAGGAGGAGGAUGACAGGGUUGAUGGUCGAAUUGAUGGGAAUGGUCUGGGCGGGCGGAUGGAAGGGAAUGGUUUAGGCGGGCCGGUGGAUGGGUGUGCGAACCGCAAGCCAGGGCCGAAGCGGAAGGAGGGGCCAGUCAGCCACUUCUGCCAGAACGCACGGGUGAGUGCUGCUGCUGUCCGCGCAAGGCUGUGGUUCCCUCUCUCCCACACGCACACCUUUCUCUUUCCCCUCAUAGUUGACGUGGAGGGAGCGGAAGCGGAGGGAGCGGCUGUCGAGGCACAUCCGAGCGCUGGAGAAGCUAGGGCUCUCGUAGGGACUAAACAACACUGCCCCUACCCUCACUCCUCUCGUUCUUGUACCCACCUUCCCCCUCCCCUUCUCCAACCACCAUUUCAGAAGCGGAGGGAGCGGCUGACGAGGCACAUCCGGGCGUUGGAGAAGCUGGUGCCGCAGAGGGCCUGCAGCGACCCCACAGCAACACCUCCCCUCUCCCCUCCCACAUCGGGGCGCUGGAGAAGCUGGUGCCUGAGAGGGCUCGCAGCAACCACACAACACUGCUCCUUCUCUCAUUCCCCUCGUUCUUCUACCCCGUCCCCCUCCCCACAACCACCAUUCCAGAAGCGGAGGGAGCGGCUGACGCGCCACAUCCGGGCGUUGGAGAAGCUGGUGCCGCAGAGGGCCCGCAGCGAUGCUGCCUCUGUUCUCGAGUCCGCCAUCUCCUUCAUCAAACGCCUCUCCCGGGAGAACCAGGUGGCAAUGCCCACUCACCUGGUGGCAAUGCCCACUCACCUGGUGGCAAUGCCCACUCACCUGGUGGCAAUGCCCACUCACCUGGUGGCAAUGCCCACUCACCUGGUGGCAAUGCCCACUCACCUGGUGGCAAUGCCCACUCACCUGGUGGCAAUGCCCACUCACCUGGUGGCAAUGCCCACUCACCUGGUGGCAAUGCCCACUCACCUGGUGGCAAUGCCCACUCACCUGGUGGCAAUGCCCACUCACCUGGUGGCAAUGCCCACUCACCUGGUGGCAAUGCCCACUCACUGCACCGCACGGUCCAUAAACGAUACAGCAUAG